AUGCUCUAUCCGUGUAGUGACCACCAGAUCGGCACCUUUGGGGUAGGCAGCGAAGAUGCCCUUUACGCUAAUUCAAGAGCUCGACGCAUCAAGAUCGAUCCAGGGAAGGCAAAGGUAUCCGGGCCUGAUCUAAACAUCAUCUUCACAUGUUGCCAGCUGUACGAGGAAGGCAAGCAGUACCUCUACUGCAACAUCACCAAAGCCUUUGAAGCACCUUGCGCUCUGAAGAGGUAUGCAGCGCUCCUGUCUACUCGAGCCCCUGGUGGGUUAGAGCACGUUCGCCACCUUAAACUAGACUUCUCCCAGAAAGAAUACAUCCUCUUCUUCGCCGUCCACGUCCCGCCCUUCCUUCCCCACGUCGGAAAUCACGAGUCUGACCCGUGCUACGGCGCUGCAAAGAUGCUACGAGAGUUACCGCACGUACAAAGCCUGACGCUGAACUUCCGGUCUCCAGUCAGCAUGGCUUCAGACAGCGCCUGGGCGUACACCGGCGGCUACAAGGGGCACUCCAGCUCCAGCGACUUCGCUGGUCGAGAAUUCGAUGACGUUUUUACUACGCCUUGCCAGAGAUUAAUCGUUGACUGGACCCUAGCUUGUGCAAAGAAGUACAUUCAACACAUCCCCCACACCCACCUCGAAGGCUUCCUCAAGACCUCUACGAAAGAAAAAUGGGACACCAUCUUUGCGGCCGAACGAGCAGGUCAGGCUUAUGACGAAAGUGCGGAGAAAGCUAUUAUUGAGAACUGGAGUCUUACUGAUCUGCCGCCAAGUUGUCACUGCACCACGCCUUGUGCUUUUGACAAGUACGACCAGAUUCUUCGCGAUUCGAGAUGUCGGGAGCAUUGGGGUACGUGUGCUUGUAAGGUUCCGCUAGACGAGACGAUGCGGAGGUGGAUGGAGGAGUAUAAGUUCGAGUAUGCAGAUUGA